UGAUCAGGCUUUCGAUCCCUGGUUGCCAAACACCACCUAGUGAACAUUAAUCGCUGUUCAAUAUUCGAAUAAUAUUUUCAACAAGUAUCAUUUCAUAUGUGUCAGCUUAUUGCUUUCUGUAGGGAAUAUACUAAACACAAUUAAUUUUCCUUGUAUCUUGACUUUUGCGUUUCGAUCGUGGACAUAUGACAUAUGACUUCCGAUUACACGGACACAUAAUACGUCAGACGGUACCAGUGAAUUCAGAAAAAUAUGAUGUUAAAAUAACUAUAAAUGGAAAUUUCAUAUUUAUACGAACUGCAUAACCUUUAGCAUUUUACGUUUUCAAGGAAUGUCGUUGAUUUCUUAAAAUAGUUUUUUGACAUUGACGUUUAUACAAAAUGUCAGUGAUUUCGUAAAAUUGUUUUUCUUUCCAUGCGAUAGUGUCGUCAGUGUCAGAGUUCUUCAAUAUGAGUGCCACAAGGGAACAAGCAGGGCCAUCCAAACCAUGGGAUUCUACUGCAGAAGAAAAAGAAAAGGAUAAUCGAACUUUUGAAUGCAAUAUAUGUCUUGAUACUGCAAAAAAUGCUGUUAUCAGCAUGUGUGGUCAUUUAUUUUGUUGGCCUUGUCUGCAUCAAUGGUUAGAGACACGUCCAACAAGACAAAUGUGUCCUGUCUGUAAAUCUGCGAUCAGCAAAGAUAAAGUCAUUCCAUUAUAUGGACGUGGAGAUACAAAACAAGAAGAUCCAAGGAAUAAUGUUCCACCACGCCCUGCUGGGCAAAGAACAGAACCUGAAAAUAAUAUUGGAUUUUCUAGUUUCGGGUUUGGAGAAGGUUCUUAUAUGUCAUUUGGUAUCGGAACAUUUCCAUUUGCAUUUUUCACAUCCACGUUUAAUUUUGGAGAAACACGACCAACCGCUGCUGCCAGAGGAACACCGCAGUAUGAAGAAGAACAAUUCCUUUCGAAAGUAUUUCUAUGGGUGGCUUUGAUAUUUGUUUGUUGGCUCUUGAUGGCGUAACAUUUUGUUAAACCAUAUUACUUGCUCCGUAUCUUGUAAUCCUACACCACUUGCUGAAUUGAUUCAUUACAUUUUUAUCAAUACAUCGAUCUUUCCUCGUUUGUGUAAUCGUUUGUUACUUGCUACAGUAACUAUACCUGCUUGAAUAAACGAACGGAUUUUGUCAGAGCUAUAAUAACACUUUUAUUUGUACGUAUACACGUAUAUACACAUGUAUUUUAUUUGUACAUAAAUAAGUAUAUUCAAGCA